AUGGAUAAACUUUUGAGAAAGUUCACCAAGUCAUCUCAAAUUCACUCUGAAGACGAAUUGGGUAUUGCAACUCAAUUCAAAGAAUAUGCAGCCACCUUGAAAAUGGAUUAUGUUUCUGGUGAAUCAUUUGCACCUCCAAAGACCUACUAUACAAAUCUUGAAGUUAACAAAAUGUUUAACAUGUUUGAUCAAUUGGGAUGUUGUUUGGAAGUUUUGGCUGAACUCAGAAGCAAUAUGAAUAACGAUGUUUCCAGUAUCUUACUGAGUAAAAUUCAUGAAUCAAUGGAAGAAGGUGAUACUUGUAAAAAUCUCAAGGAAUACUAUAGAGAAGCAGUUGUUGAACACAAUGUCGAUGAAACUCGUUACAAUACUCUUAAACAAAAGUCAAAUGAUCUCGUCAAGGUUAAGAAUGCAGAGAAGGAUGCUGAAGAAAAGAAAAAGGUAGCAGCUCAAGUUCACGAGAAUAUUAUGAAGGAAAUGCAGUACCAAGAAGAAUUGAGAGAUUAUCAAUAUUUGAAUGCUAUUCGUCAAUUUAUUUCAGUUUAUAGAACAUAUUUCAUUGCUGGUUCCCAAGCAUUGGAUGAAUUGGCAAGCCAUUUAAUUACUGGUAAAUCAAGAACUGCCAUGCGUAACUAUGAUGUAAAUGAUAUUACUAACUAUAAGGACAAUGUGGCCAGUCAACAACAAGUCUAUCAACAACCAAAGCCAAAAAAGCCAAAGGAAAACAAACAAGUAUUUGGUGUUGCUCUUACAGCCCUCAUGAAGAGAGAAAGAGAAUUGAAUCGUGAUGUUGUUCCAAACAUGUGUAUUGAUCUCUUUGAUUAUGUUGAAAAGAAUGGUCUAACUAUGGAAGGUAUUUUCAGAUUGGCUGGUGAAGUUGUUGGUAUGAGUUAUGUUAAAAAGAUGUACGACAAUGGUAAGAAACAUCUCGACUUGCAAGCAAUGAUCACCAAUAAGGAAUUCAAAGAUAUUCACGUUGUUGCUGGUCUCCUUAAAAUGUUCUUGAGAGAAUUACCAGAACCAUUAUUGACCUAUGAAAGGUAUGAUUCCUUCCUCAGUUUAAUUCAUAGACAAGAUGAGAGCCAAAUUGGAUAUGGAAUGUUGGAGUUGGUUAAACAAUUACCAAUCGAACAUAUUGCUCUGUUGGAUAAAUUGAUGGUCUUUUUAGGAAAGGUUGCUGCUCACUCUAGUGAAAAUAAGAUGACAGUUUCUAACCUUUCGAUUGUGUUUGGUGUAAAUAUUUUAAAGAGCAUGGAUAACAAUCCAAUGAGAAUGGCCAAGGACAGUCAAGCUAUCAACAAGACUUGUGAAUUAAUGAUAGGUCUCUAUCCAACCUACAUUGGACCAUAUGUCAGAGAUCAAAUUGACCAAUUCAGACAACAAAGAAUUCAAAAGUUUAAUAGUUCCUCAGGUGGAGAAGAGGCUGAAGUUCCAUCAUUCGUAGCAGAACCAUACAAUUCCUUUGAGGAAGAAUCUAAAAAGAAAGGUUUCCUUCCACCUCCAUCUCGUUCCUUGCCAACCUAUGCACCACAACAAUCCAAUGUUAAUACCUUCACACAACCAACCACCCCAACCACAACAACCUCACCAAAUGUUCCAAAAUCAAAUAUUCCACUUCCAAAGAGACCUGAAAAGCCUCCUCCAAGCUUACCAACCAAGAGACAAAGUGUCAGUACUCCUCUUCAACCAACACCAGUCUCCACCACUCCAACAAGUCUACACAAACCAAGUCGUACGUCAGGUACAUUUAGUAAUGUGAAUCUGGAUGAAGAUCCAUUUACUCAAUUUGAAAAGGAACAGAAAGCAAAGAGUAAUCUAUACCCCAGUGUCAAUAAUAAUAAGUGGGACGAUCCAAACGACUUUUUCUAAUUUAUUGUAAUAAAAUUUCAAACAACUUUGU